AUGGAUAGCUCAGAAUAUGAGACUGUACGAAAUAUGACACUUUUAUUUUUUUUUGAGCUUCUUGUGGAUAAAGGUGGUCCACGGACAUUACAUGACUUAAGCUGCCAGUUCGGAGCUAAAGGAUUUACAAAAGAAAUGCGCCAAAUAGCUGGUGGAUCACAAAGUGGCCUUAAAAAGUUUUUAGCUCAAUAUCCAAUGCUUUUUAUUAUUAAUGGUGAUUAUGUAUCAGUCAAUACAUUUCAACAAAUUGUAGCAGAAGAAAAUGGAUGUAAAUUAGGAGGUAAACGCGAUUACGCCCGAGAAGCUGUAGAAUAUUUUACAAAUAAAUUAAUGCAGUAUGGAAUUGGUACAGAAGUACCAAUAAAAAGUCUUCUGGGACACCGGUCCCAAGCUUCUCCAGAAGUUAGACAUAUUUCUGGUCAACAUUAUAAGGAGUUCAGAGACUUCCUUUUAAAAUAUCCAGAUGCUUUUGUAGUUACUGAAGAUAAUGUAAUGUUAAAGCAAUAUGAAGGCAUGAAAGCAGAACCUUUUGUAGAGUUAGAACCUGAUAUACCUAUAGACCCAGAAAUUACUGCAAAGUUAUUAGACUUUCUUUGUGAGUGUAUUGAACAAAAGGGUCCAAUUCUUGUAGAUCAAAUGUUCAGUAUAGUUAAUGAUAAAUUUUUUUAUGAAAAUUGGACCUCAAUAUUUAAAACGCCACAAGAUUUGUGUACAUUUGUUAAAAUGUUCCCAGAUGCGUUUCAUGUUCAAAGCAAUUUAGUAACAUUAAUUGGAAGACCAAAAUCUGCUACAGAAAGGAAAGCGAAAACAAGGUUUCCAAAUUCUGCACGAAAUCAAAAUAGCAUUACAAGUCAAAUAAAUGUUAUUCAACCAAGUAAUACAAGUCAAACAAAUCAGGUUAUUCAACCAAGUAUUACAAGUCAAACAACUCUAAAUCAGGUUAUUCAACCAAGUAAUACGAAUCAAAUAAAUCUAAAUCAAGUUAUUCAACCAAGUAAUACUCAGGCAUUUCAACAAACAAUUAAUUCAGAAUGUACUAAUAGCAAUGCUCAAACAACUCAAAUUAAUUCUGUACAAAACUCUCAUUCCCCAUCGAUUGACAGUAAUACUAGUUCUCCUCCAGUAAGCUUACAACAACAAACUUUGAAACAAAGAAUAAAUACACUUGUAAUGAAAACUUUAGCAGAUAAUACAGAAAAGGAUAGAAGUUUACAAACCAUGCAAAUGGGAGAUGCUUGGAAACUAAAGAUAUUGCAACAAACUAGAAUAAUAGUAAAUCCCAGAGAAAGCCUUCAAAUUGUAGAAGAUAUAAUAAAUCCUCGUAAACCUCCUCCUGAUGGUAAAAUUGUUAUUUCAUUUGACUGCGAAGGAAUAAAUUUAGGAGUUAAAGGACAAUUGACACUUGUACAGAUUGGAACUAUGUCUGGUCAAGCAUAUAUAUUUGAUUUAUUUGCUUGUCCUAAUCUUGUACAAGCUGGAGGUCUUCAAAAAAUUCUAGAACAUAAAGAUGUUAUUAAAGCAGCUCAUGCUGUAUUGCAAUUUCAAGACACUGGUAAACCUGUAUAUAAAGUUAAAAACGUUAAUUUGAAUACACUAUGUGAUCAUUAUGGUGCUCCAAGUAAUCCAUUAAAAGAACAAUUGAAAAAUAUCUAUCGUAAUAAUCAAAGAUAUUGGUGUAGACGUCCAUUAACACGAGACAUGCUCAUUUAUGCUAGCAAUGAUGUUCUGAGUUUGGCACAAAUAUAUGUCUGCAUGUCUAGACUCAUAAAACCAGAAGUACAAGGUCUUUUUAAUGAACUGUGUCAGGAGCAAAUUCAAUUGCAUAUUAAACCUAUAGAAAUAAAAGCACGAAAAAAGCAACGAAAAGUAGAAACAGAAGUUGCGGAUUUGAAAAAAAGAAUGGAAGAUGCAACUAUCAAAAAUAUUGUUUUAAGUAAUCGUGAAAUUCGUCUUCUGCGUUAUCUUGAUCUUACCGAAGAUGAAAAAGAGAAACUAAAAGGUAGUUACAAAGUUGCAAGAAAAUUAGAAAAACUUGAAAACAUGGGUCAAGACAAAGGAGAAAGUACUGACGAUGAUUAUGAAGAUAAGAUUGAAGACUCAGAAUAUCAUAGUAUGGAAAGUUACACUUCUGAAAAUUCACAUUCUGGUAGUAUAUUGUCACCAAGAAAUUCUGAUACUCCAAGCCUUACAGAAUCAAUGCAAAUGGUGGAUGAAAUUCUUUCUGAUGGAAGAAUGGAUAGAUUUGAAAAAAUUGAGAAAUUAGAAGCUAUUCUUUCAGCUGUUACCGGUUCUGCAACUGAUCAGCUUUCCUCAAACAGUGCAGAUGUAUCUCUAACAAAAUGUAUAUGCCCAUGUCAAGAUAAAAAUAAAAGUCCACGAUCAGAUCGUAAUACUGGAAGUAGCGUGGCUUGCCAAACGUACAGUACAGGUGAUAUAGUAAUUACCAAAAUAUUUCUUACGGAAGAAGAAAAGGAACGUAUAGAUUUAUUAAAUUCGCCAAAAAAGUAGAUAUGUCGUAGCUAGUAUGAAAGUGGUAAAGAAGAAAGUUGCCAUUGUUAGAUUUUUACGAAAAAGACGAAUAGGUGGUAAAAAAUUAUUAAAAAUUGAUCUAUUUUAUGUAGUUUGAUGAAAAUUGUAAAUCAGAUACAGUAACUUUUUUCCAACUCUGAUGCUGUAGUAAUCAGAACUUAGGAAAAAUUUGUUUUCUAUGAUAAAAAAUCAGUAUUGUAAAUUUUGUUUUUUAAUAGAGGAUUUUCUUUCUUUACAAUAGUAUAAGAAGGAAUAAUCGAAUUACAUAUUUACUAAUAAGAAUAUUUAAUAAAAUAUUUUCUCGAAUAAUUUAUGUUGCUCCUCAGGACUAAAACACUAAUGUUGUUCCUCUGUAAAAAAUAUAAACAUUUAAAUGUUCUAAUAAUAUUUUAAAAACAAUUUUAUUCAUUUUUAUAUCGCUAUAGAAAUAUAGAAUUAUAUUACAUGUAGAAAAAUAUAAUUUUCUUAUGUCAAGUGCUGCAUUAAAAUCACUGUCUUAUACAAUGUUCUUUUUUUUAUGUAUUUAUGUAUAAAAAUAUUUUUGAUAAUAUUCACUUUUAUAUUAAUAAAAGUUUACAAAAAUGAUGAGUAAAAUAAGUACAAAUAUAUAUAAUUAUCAUAUCUCAUACAUUUGAUAUGUCCAAUUUUCUUGAAGUUACAUUUGUGCCAAGUUUAUAUCAUUUAUAAUUAAAACAAAAAGAAAGUCUUUGCAUGUUUUCAUUUUUGAUAAUAAUAAAUAAUAUCUAAAAAUAGUUCUUACGAUAAAGGAUUUAAGGAUGACUAUAUUUUAAAA